AUGCCUGUUGUUGAAGAAGAAGUUGAUAUCUCGUCUAACGGUACCCUACUGACAAAAUCGACUGCCGAUUAUGAGCAAACAACACAACCAGCAAAAAAUGAUGGUCCGUUAAAAAAAAUACUCCAUCGUUUUAGCAAGCAUUCGGGAAUUUUGUAUUAUAUCACAGGUAAUUUUCUACAUACAUGUGGUAUAUUUUCACUUAAACUAAUAUCAGCCGAUAUGUUUGAUGUAAUUAUCAUUCGAUUUCUGUUACAAACAGUUGUAUUUGGUUGUUUUGCCAUGUAUAAAAAUUAUAAUCUAUUUGGGAAUAAAUCUCAACGUUCACUAAUAAGUUUAAUGAUAUUUACAGGAACAACAACACAUUUAUCUUAUUUAUCUGCAUUUUACUUUUUACCAUUAUCAGAUUUAAAUGCAAUCCGUUAUACCAAUAUAUGUUUCGCAACGGUUAUGGCUGUCUUCUUUUUAAAAGAAAAAUUUACAAAAAUUAAUGCUCUAGCACUAUUAUUAGCCAUUGUUGGACUCGUUUUAGCUAGUAGACCCAACUUUUUAUUUGAGUCAUUAUCUAAUGCAAUGAAACAACAACAAAUAAACCAUACGUUGAACAAAACGAAUAUUACUGAUAUAUCUACAAGUAGCGAAUCAACAGCAGAGAAAUCUAAUUUCUAUUAUUUUAUUGGUGUUGGUUUAGCAUUAACUUGUGCUGUUACAAAAUCUGCACAAAUGGUUACACGAAAAAUGUUAAUUACAACGAAAUUACCUCAUUCCGUAAUGAAUUUACAGUUUACAUUCUUCGGUCUAUUAGCUGCCAUUUCGUACAGUGUUAUACGACGGCUAAUAUGGAAAUUUGAGCCAUAUCCUAUCAAAGUGAUGAUGAUAGCUGGUACUGCAAUCGGUUGUAUACAAUUAAUAAGUAAUACAUUUUUUGCUAAAGCACUUAAAAGAGAAAAUGUUCAACUUAUUAGUGUGCUUGGCUCAUUGGAAAUCGUCUAUGCUGUUGUUUUACAAUAUAUUUUCUUUCGAAAAACAAGCACAUGGUUGUUUUAUCUAGGUGCAACGUUUAUUGUAUCAUCAGCUGUUAUUUUGUGUACACAUAAAUAUAUGUUAAAUAAACAACAACUGGAAAGAAAGGAAAAUACCACUGUUGUGAAAGAUCAAUUGUGA